AUGGCGCAUCAAAACGACACGCACGACCGAGGAGGGGGACCCGGAGGACGAUCAUCCGUAAAAACGUUCGCGAUGGGCGACAAAGUGAAGCAGAUGAAAGAGAAGGCGGGGAAAAUGUCGGCGUUAUCCUCCGCGUUCGUCGCGAAAACGGUGAAGAAGACGACGUCGACGAUGAAGAUUCCACAAAUUGGAACGAUGUCGACUGCGAACCGUUCGAAUAAUGGAAGCACUAUGAAUACUAAUACUAAUAACACCAACAAUGGAUUGAGCUCGUCGUACGGACGACAAAGUCCCGGGAUUCCCGGAAAGAGCAGUUUUGAAGGGACGAGCCCGAUCGCGUUCGCCGCGAUGGAGGAAGAGCGAAGAGCGAGGACGAUUGGUGUGAAUACCACGCAACAACAGUAUUCCACGAAAGAAGACGAGGAAACCAUGCGUAGAUUGCGAGAGCAACUGGUGGACGCGCAGAUGCGACACGACGAGACCGCGAAAGUUGUUUUGCAUUUGCAAGAAGAUGUAGAACGAAUUCAACGGGAGAAGGAGGAUUUGAGGGUGAAGAGCGCGAAGAUUUGGCAGGAGCAACAGGAUGCGCUCGCUGCGAAGGAAACCGAGCGGAAGACGAGGGAGGAGGAAGGCGAGGCGCGAGAGAAGGCGAGGGAAACGGAAGUGGCGAAUUUAGUCGCGAAAGUGAAUCAACUGGAAAGAGAACGUGCGAAAGAGAAAGAGAUGAAGGCGGAGAGUGACGUAAAAGUAGACGUAGGAAAAUUUGAGGAGGAGAUUGCAGAUUUGCGGAAGAAGUUAGAAGCGGAGCGAGGGAAGGUGGUUGCGGCAGAGAAGAGCGUCGCAGAGGAGAAGGCGAAAACAGAAAAAGUGCUCGCCGAUGCAUCUGUUGCUGCAUCUGUAGCUGUAACACCAACCUCGAGCGAAGAAGAAAAGAGCGAAGAAGAAGCGCUCAAAAAAGAGAUUGAAAGCGUGAAGACUGAAAACGAGAAAUUAAAAGCUGAAAUCGAAACGAUUCGGGCCUCGGAAAGCAAGUUACGAGAAGAAAACCAGACGCUUCAAUCGACCGCCUCAACAUCGACGCAGGAUAAGUCUGCGAGCGAGUCCGAACACAAGAAAAAUAUGGAUGCUCUUACUUUGGAGCUCUCUGCGGUUCAAUCGAAACUAUCCAGCGAAAUCGAAUCCAACAAGAAAGCGCUGGAAGAUGCGCGAAAGCAACUCGAAAACGAACGCGCGAGCGCAAAGAAAAGCACCGACGAUACUAUAAUGAAAAGCGAAAACCAUGUAGCUGAACUAGAUAAAGAGAUUUCAAAUUUGAAAGCGCAACUGGACUUAUCCAACGUGGAGAAAACUGAGACGACGGAAAAGUUUGAACUUUUAUUAGCCACGCGAGACGAGGAAGUGAAAUCGCUCGAAAAGAAUAUAAAAGACGCGCUUGCCGAGAUGCAGUCCAUUCGAAACGAGUUGAAUGUUGCCAAAGAAGCCGUUCAAGUUGCAAACGAAACUUCAAAAGCUGCCUUAAAUGGCGCCGAGGACGCCGAGAAGGCGCGCGAGGAAACGAAAGAAGAAAUGAAAGCGCUUCAACUCAAACUCGACCACGCAGAGGAAGCUUUGAAGAACACGCAAAUUUCUGCUCCAAACUUGGAGCGCCAAAUAGCCGAAAAGAACGCGUUGAAGUCGACUCUCGCCGACGUUCGAUACGAACGCGACGUCUUGGCGAACAUGUUGAAAGAUAUGAAAAAGAAAGUCGGAGCGUACUCGAUGGAAACGCCGCCAAUCUUGCGCGCCGUGAACGAUGCCAAGAAAAACUUGAACGGCUUCAUGUCUCGUUUCCAAGGCACGGGUUCGACUUCCACGUUAAAGAAAAAUACGACGACGGCGCAAGCGCCCGCUUCGGCGUCGGCGUCGAAGAACCCGAAUACCAAAUCGCCUUCCGCAGCCGCGACGCCUCAAAAGUUAAAUUUUAGUCAGCCCGCGGCGGCGUUGACACCGCCUUAA